AAAGAAUAUUACAAAUAUGUUAACUGCAUAUGGUGGGGAUGUUUUGUACAGUGAAUUAAGUAGAUCACUUUGUCAUACGAUUUUAAUACUGUUACGUGAUGUCCGCGAAGGAGAUAUCAAUAGUAGAACUACGACAAGAAAAAACAUGGGUAGCGUGCGUAGGCGACUUUGCCAUUUUGAAGAAAUUCUUUGCGCAGAAGGAGGGAGCAAUUUGGUACACGGUGCAAUUAUUUGACGCCUUGCUGCGCGGAUUCGGACAGACUGUUUUUGCGAAUAAUCCCCUCAGCGGACUACUGAUAAUAGUUACCUUGGCUACAGUAGCGCCAGGUACAUUGGCGUUAUCCGCAGCCACCGCCGUCCUUGGCCUCCUAGUAUCCGUGGUCAUACGAGAGCCUCAGGAUAUUAUAGAAAACGGAUUAAGCGUGUUCAAUCCUCUGCUGGUCGGAGCUAUGUCAUAUGUUCUGAUACCGCGGAUUUAUGGAGCCUUCGAUGCCUUUAGCUUCCUGGUUGUGUUCUUGGCGACGAUACUCAGUGUUUAUCUCGCGCGGUCCCUGAGAAGCGAUAAAUUCGUAUGCACAACGUGGCCGUUUAACUUGGUGGAAUUUGCGUUGAUUUUCGCCCUUUCGACGCAAAAUGGAGCGGAAGCGUUGAAACCGAUGUAUGAGAUGCACAAUGCAACAAGUGAGACAACGAUGGCGACGACAACGACGACGACGACGACGACAAUGAACGGCGCCGGUUUCUACGCGGAGGAUCCUACCAAUGUUUAUAUCAACUGGGGAAUGGUAUUACGAGGUAGCAUUGUUUCCGCAUCACAGCUGCUUGGUAUCGAUAAUGUGACCGUUGGAGCUGUCAUGUACCUGGCAAUGUUAAUAUAUUCUCCGGCGUCAACCGCGUUUUCCUUUUUUGGCGCUUUCUGUGGAACUUUUGCAGGUUUGGAACUCGGAGCAGACCAUCAUAAAGUCUACAGCGGAUUCUGGGGAUAUAACAGUCUCUUGACGGGGGCUGCUUUAGGAGGAAAUCUGUUGAUCUUGAAUGGUCAAACGGCAGCUGCUGCAGUCAUGGCGAUAAUUUUUACUUCACUUUUGCAGUAUUCCAUAGAAUCAAUAUUUAUAAAAGCACGAUUACCAGUAUUAGCGUUACCGUUCGUAAUAGCAACUUCGUUUUUUUUAAAAUUGAGUAACGGCAAAGGAGAUCCAACGUUUCCGUGGCCCGUAUCGCCAAUCUCCUUUCCUGAAAAACAGCGUCACGAUUACCUCGUCCGUCGUGCGGCAUUUAAAGAGGAAGAUACUUUGUGUGCAGAAGAACUUGAGCUUGUCAUUCAAAAUGAAAAGGGACCGACUCAGCCGGAUAAUUAAUGGUUUUUUUCCUGCGUAAUUACAAUUUAGUAUUAUAUGAUAACAGUGUACGUGCUAAUCGUCUUAUAUCUCACAUAGACGAUGCAAAAGUACGCUUGGAGGGAGAACGAAGUUAAAGGCUUUGCUAGUGGAAGGGAAUCUUUCUCGGCGCUUUUACCGAGCUAGGAGAAGCUACAGGUCGAUCUAUUAAAUUUAUUUGGACGAUUCCGUUCUCGCAAAUCAUAAAUUCAAUCGUUAGAUUUUUAUUCGCUCAUCUCAUGACGCGAAAUUGCACCGAGGGAGCCAUAUUGCAUCUCUAUUGCUUAUAGCUACUGGAUCUCGGUUUUCCACUUUUGCGCAAAGUGCAGUGAAAUGUAAGGCGAAGGGAAAAUUUCACGCAUGAGGGGGAGCUGAACUGGAAAUCUUCCAAAGCGAAUAGACGCCGAUGACGAGGAAUCUGAAAGAUAUUGUUCCGAAGGACGAGGACAAAGGCGAGGCCAUUCCGAAAGCCUCUCUCAACAUCGGGUUAAUCAAACUGGCAAAAAAUGCUCGGGAAUGACGCUCACAAUUCAUCUUUAUUCCUCUCCCUGAAGAAAAGGGAGUUAAUGAAGAAGAGUGUAACGAGAAUUCCAAUUUUUUGCCCGAAUCGUUAAAGACAUUUUUUUAUUUUUACUCCGCGAGAUUCGAUAUCGAGAUUCGUUGAAUCUCACGGCGAUUUGUAAAAUAAUGAUAAUGCUUUGUAAUACGUUACGAUGCAGUUAAAAUGCAGGAGUUUAUUUUUAUGUGUCUCGUAUAGCGAGUAUCGCUAUCUAUCUUUAUAACGUAACCCGUAACUGCGCGGUUGCAGCACAAGCAAUAAAAUGAUUUAUACCUCGAUAUAAACCCAAGUUUAACACAGAGUCCGCAAAGUCGGCUUUUUCCUGGCAAGAUUAUAGAACGGACAGUUUUUGCGCAGAUAAUUGUAAUAAUCUGUUAAAAUUAACGCAUAUAAUUGUCCAUUUAUCAAAACACACAAUUUACCAUUUCAGUAGUAAUUAAAGGCCAAUCAUUUUGAUUGCGGACAUUGAUGCAUUCAUUAAG